AUGUUAACUGGCAAGGCUGGUAUCGCCUGUUACUGUGGCAAACCAGUGCUCAUAUUCCAGAGAGGUGUAUACCUGAAAACAGAGGUGAACACAUCAGCAGUUUCACCAACCACACCGACUCCAAGACCUCAGAACACCACCACUGCUCAGGUGAUAGCUAACACCACAACACCCGCAGACAACAGCACAGGAGUUGAGGGGCAGGUCCGCCUGGCCGAUGGAGGAAACAGCUCCUGUUCCGGUAGAGUGGAGAUCUUCCUCCGAGGACAGUGGGGGACGGUGUGUGACGAUGACUGGGGCCUGGUUGAUGCUCAGGUGGUGUGCAGACAGCUGGGCUGCGGCAGGGCCGUGUCAGCACCACAAGGUGCACGUUUUGGACAGGGCAGAGGGCCCAUCUGGCUGGAUGAUGUCACGUGCACAGGCAGCGAAUCAAAGCUCACCCAGUGCAGGCACCGUGGGUUUGGAUCUCACAAUUGCGGUCACCAUGAGGAUGCUGGUGUCGUGUGUGAAGUUCAACCAGGAUCCAACAGCACAGUUUCUCCAACCACACCGACUCCAAGACCUCAGAACACCACCACUGCUCAGGUGAUAGCUAACACCACAACACCCGCAGACAACAGCACAGGAGUUGAGGGGCAGGUCCGCCUGGCCGAUGGAGGAAACAGCUCCUGCUCCGGUAGAGUGGAGAUCUUCCUCCGAGGACAGUGGGGGACGGUGUGUGACGAUGACUGGGGCCUGGUUGAUGCUCAGGUGGUGUGCAGACAGCUGGGCUGCGGCAGGGCCGUGUCAGCACCACAAGGUGCACGUUUUGGACAGGGCAGAGGGCCCAUCUGGCUGGAUGAUGUCACGUGCACAGGCAGCGAAUCAAAGCUCACCCAGUGCAGGCACCGUGGGUUUGGAUCUCACAAUUGCGGUCACCAUGAGGAUGCUGGUGUCGUGUGUGAAGUUCAACCAGGAUCCAACAGCACAGUUUCACCAACCACACCGACUCCAAGACCUCAGAACACCACCACUGCUCAGGUGAUAGCUAACACCACAACACCCGCAGACAACAGCACAGGAGUUGAGGGGCAGGUCCGCCUGGCCGAUGGAGGAAACAGCUCCUGCUCCGGUAGAGUGGAGAUCUUCCUCCGAGGACAGUGGGGGACGGUGUGUGACGAUGACUGGGGCCUGGUUGAUGCUCAGGUGGUGUGCAGACAGCUGGGCUGCGGCAGGGCCGUGUCAGCACCACAAGGUGCACGUUUUGGACAGGGCAGAGGGCCCAUCUGGCUGGAUGAUGUCACGUGCACAGGCAGCGAAUCAAAGCUCACCCAGUGCAGGCACCGUGGGUUUGGAUCUCACAAUUGCGGUCACCAUGAGGAUGCUGGUGUCGUGUGUGAAGUUCAACCAGGAUCCAACAGCACAGUUUCACCAACCACACCGACUCCAAGACCUCAGAACACCACCACUGCUCAGGUGAUAGCUAACACCACAACACCCGCAGACAACAGCACAGGAGUUGAGGGGCAGGUCCGCCUGGCCGAUGGAGGAAACAGCUCCUGCUCCGGUAGAGUGGAGAUCUUCCUCCGAGGACAGUGGGGGACGGUGUGUGACGAUGACUGGGGCCUGGUUGAUGCUCAGGUGGUGUGCAGACAGCUGGGCUGCGGCAGGGCCGUGUCAGCACCACAAGGUGCACGUUUUGGACAGGGCAGAGGGCCCAUCUGGCUGGAUGAUGUCACGUGCACAGGCAGCGAAUCAAAGCUCACCCAGUGCAGGCACCGUGGGUUUGGAUCUCACAAUUGCGGUCACCAUGAGGAUGCUGGUGUCGUGUGUGAAGUUCAACCAGGAUCCAACAGCACAGUUUCACCAACCACACCGACUCCAAGACCUCAGAACACCACCACUGCUCAGGUGAUAGCUAACACCACAACACCCGCAGACAACAGCACAGGAGUUGAGGGGCAGGUCCGCCUGGCCGAUGGAGGAAACAGCUCCUGCUCCGGUAGAGUGGAGAUCUUCCUCCGAGGACAGUGGGGGACGGUGUGUGACGAUGACUGGGGCCUGGUUGAUGCUCAGGUGGUGUGCAGACAGCUGGGCUGCGGCAGGGCCGUGUCAGCACCACAAGGUGCACGUUUUGGACAGGGCAGAGGGCCCAUCUGGCUGGAUGAUGUCACGUGCACAGGCAGCGAAUCAAAGCUCACCCAGUGCAGGCACCGUGGGUUUGGAUCUCACAAUUGCGGUCACCAUGAGGAUGCUGGUGUCGUGUGUGAAGUUCAACCAGGAUCCAACAGCACAGUUUCACCAACCACACCGACUCCAAGACCUCAGAACACCACCACUGCUCAGGUGAUAGCUAACACCACAACACCCGCAGACAACAGCACAGGAGUUGAGGGGCAGGUCCGCCUGGCCGAUGGAGGAAACAGCUCCUGCUCCGGUAGAGUGGAGAUCUUCCUCCGAGGACAGUGGGGGACGGUGUGUGACGAUGACUGGGGCCUGGUUGAUGCUCAGGUGGUGUGCAGACAGCUGGGCUGCGGCAGGGCCGUGUCAGCACCACAAGGUGCACGUUUUGGACAGGGCAGAGGGCCCAUCUGGCUGGAUGAUGUCACGUGCACAGGCAGCGAAUCAAAGCUCACCCAGUGCAGGCACCGUGGGUUUGGAUCUCACAAUUGCGGUCACCAUGAGGAUGCUGGUGUCGUGUGUGAAGUUCAACCAGGAUCCAACAGCACAGUUUCACCAACCACACCGACUCCAAGACCUCAGAACACCACCACUGCUCAGGUGAUAGCUAACACCACAACACCCGCAGACAACAGCACAGGAGUUGAGGGGCAGGUCCGCCUGGCCGAUGGAGGAAACAGCUCCUGCUCCGGUAGAGUGGAGAUCUUCCUCCGAGGACAGUGGGGGACGGUGUGUGACGAUGACUGGGGCCUGGUUGAUGCUCAGGUGGUGUGCAGACAGCUGGGCUGCGGCAGGGCCGUGUCAGCACCACAAGGUGCACGUUUUGGACAGGGCAGAGGGCCCAUCUGGCUGGAUGAUGUCACGUGCACAGGCAGCGAAUCAAAGCUCACCCAGUGCAGGCACCGUGGGUUUGGAUCUCACAAUUGCGGUCACCAUGAGGAUGCUGGUGUCGUGUGUGAAGUUCAACCAGGAUCCAACAGCACAGUUUCACCAACCACACCGACUCCAAGACCUCAGAACACCACCACUGCUCAGGUGAUAGCUAACACCACAACACCCGCAGACAACAGCACAGGAGUUGAGGGGCAGGUCCGCCUGGCCGAUGGAGGAAACAGCUCCUGCUCCGGUAGAGUGGAGAUCUUCCUCCGAGGACAGUGGGGGACGGUGUGUGACGAUGACUGGGGCCUGGUUGAUGCUCAGGUGGUGUGCAGACAGCUGGGCUGCGGCAGGGCCGUGUCAGCACCACAAGGUGCACGUUUUGGACAGGGCAGAGGGCCCAUCUGGCUGGAUGAUGUCACGUGCACAGGCAGCGAAUCAAAGCUCACCCAGUGCAGGCACCGUGGGUUUGGAUCUCACAAUUGCGGUCACCAUGAGGAUGCUGGUGUCGUGUGUGAAGUUCAACCAGGAUCCAACAGCACAGUUUCACCAACCACACCGACUCCAAACCUCAGAACACCACCACUGCUCAGAGUGGAGAUCUUCCUCCGAGGACAGUGGGGGACGGUGUGUGACGAUGACUGGGGCCUGGUUGAUGCUCAGGUGGUGUGCAGACAGCUGGGCUGCGGCAGGGCCGUGUCAGCACCACAAGGUGCACGUUUUGGACAGGGCAGAGGGCCCAUCUGGCUGGAUGAUGUCACGUGGAAAUGA